AUGGCCCCAUCAGAGCAAUUUUGGCAGCUCCUCCUUGGGGGGGAGGAACCAUCAGCCUGCUCGCAAGUGGAUAGUGAGCAAGGAUUUAGAAGGGAUGUUGUGACGCAGCUGAACGCGUCUAAGCCAACGGACGUGCACGAACUGCAAGGUGUAGGAAGUCAUUUGACGGCUUUUUCCGAGAAGAUUAAGCCUCAGAAGAAGACUCAGGUGGACAGCGCUAAGAAGCUUGGGAUUGAGGAGUUUCUUCAGAUGGCUAGCAAUGAUCUUUGCCGACAGCCGAUCAACAUUCUGUCCGCGACGCUAGCUGAAAUGGAACAGUGCAUUCAACCGCUGCACAGUUGUCUGAAGGUGAGAAUUAGUCUUUGCGCCAAGCUGCUUGAAUUGCCGUCGCUUGUGCUGAAGUGCUCCAGCGGAGGGCUGUACGAUGAAGCAGUGGACGCUAUGAUGCUGGCAGACGAACGUAUCGCCUCCCUACGAGCCAACGGUUGUUGCGGUAUGCCUCUGCUUGACUUCCUGGAAGUGCAGAUGAAGGACGCCCGCAACAGCUGCGUGAAGACAAUGCUGCGGCAGUUGGGGCAACAUGCGCAGUUGUCCUCUUCAAUGAAACUCAUCGGCCCACUUCGCCGCCUGAGCUGCUCUGAAGAGCAACUGAGGAUGCAAUAUCUGCGGCGGCGGGACGCGGAGAUUUGUCGUCUGCGUCGCAACGCAGAAGGGUCGUGCGAGGCAGACCCAGGCCAUGGUUUGUGCGCGGCAUCAGAGCUGCUUCGGGUGGACGUUUUGCAGACAGCUAUAAACUACCGGGCGAUUUUCGGUUCGACGGAUGAACGAUUGUCGGCUUGGCUAGCAGAUCAGGUGCACUGGUUUGUGAAACUUGCUGAAAAGGAGCUUCUGCAACGCACUGGCAUAAUCGAUUCAGAGGAUGAUUUUAAGGGAAUAAGGCCCUCGCUUGAUCUUGCAGCUGCUGAGGCAGGCGUCCCGCAGACGAACUUGCGAUCUGUCCCAAAAUGCACAGUGGGAUUAUUGGACUUAGCCACAAUAUUCAGACAAGUAUUCAAUGCAGCUUCCGCAUUCUGCCGAGUGCAUGCAUACUUCUUCCCCGUGGUGGCCAUCACAUUUGAACGCUACGUUGUCGCAGUGCAUCGUCAAAGACUUGAAGCCAUUGCUGCGGCCUUCGCACGGAGCAUGGACGAGUAUGACUACGUGCCGGUAACUAGUCAUCUCAAGUUGCUGGGGGCCUCGCCGUGGUUUCAGUCAGGCCUCUCUCCCAACCGCGGCUGCGUCUUCCUGCUGCGGCAUGCACCCUUAUCAAAUCUAUACAACAGCAUACUCGAAGUAGCAAAUGCAUUUCAAGAGUGUCCCAUAUCCACAGCAGCAGCACGUGUUGUCACCUUGACAGAAAGUCUUCUGGCUUUCUGCAUCCGCAAGCUGAUUUCCUUGAAACCGGGAGGGCGUGAGAACCUUGACGAAGAGAUAAAAGCAAUUGAGCACAACUUAGUUCAAGAGGGCGACGGACGAGGAGGCCACACAACCUGCCAAGCAGAAUUCUUUGUUCUCUGCGACAUCUUCGGUACUGUGUUGCUGCCGGCACUCGCCAACGAACUUUCAUCGACCUUCCCUCUACAGACAGUGUUGGAUAUUAAGGGACUACGCUCGCUGAUGGCGAAGGCAGACCUCUGCCGAUGUCCAAACCCUUUCACGGAGGCAUGUUCAGCAUACGACGGGCAGACCUCUGGUGGCAAUAGCCCUACUCACGCUUCACCCGUUCUUCCGUGA